AUGAGGAAAUUGGAUGUACUCCACCAGAAUGAUUUAGAAGGAAACCCCGAAAACAGAGAAUCCAACACCAAAAAGUAUAAACGGAGAAUUCCCAGUAUCUCCUAUGCUAAAUUUGUGGCCCUAUACCUACUGCAGAAAUGCUCUGCCAGCAACCGCAUCCUCUGUGCCAAGGACCACACGCCCAUCCAGAUGAAUGCAGCAAAGGGUGGAAAGGUCAUGGGCAGAGUUCACAGCCAGUUUAAAGCCUGUGCUAUCUGCGGGGCCAUCCGCAGGAUGGGUGAGUCACAUGACUCCAUUCUCCCCUUGGCCAAGGCCAACAGCAUCAUCUCAAAAAACUUUUGA